CUCCUUUUUCUCUCUUUCUCCGGGUAAUGAGGCAAAUAUUUAUAGGCCACGCCAUUAACGCCGGCUGUAUCUUUCCCCUCCGCCACAAGAGAGAGAGAAGAGAGGGAGAAUUUUCGGAAGAAAUGUCCGGCUGAGGAAGGGGGGAAAAUCCGAUCACCGACGACUCUCGAUUAUCUCCAACGUCCUUCCGGCGUGAAUACGUUCAGUACAAAACGUAGAGAAUGGUGGGACCGUCCAGGCCGCAGUUUGUCCUCUUCGGCUCCUCCAUCGUUCAGCUCAGCUUCGGCAAUGGUGGUUGGGGUUCCUCUCUCUCCGAAAUCUACUCUCGCAGGGCAGAUGUCUUCGUCCGAGGGUACUAUGGAUGGAACUCGCGACGUGCAGUUCAGGUGCUCGACGAAAUUUUCCCCAAGGAUGCUAGUGUGCAGCCAUCUUUAGUAAUUGUGUACUUUGGGGGGAACGAUUCAAUGGGGCCACACUCUUCUGGGUUAGGCCCUCAUGUUCCACUUCCUGAGUAUGUGGAAAACAUGAAGAAGAUCGCACUUCAUCUCAAGAGCCUUUCGAAGACUAUACGCAUAAUUUUCCUCAGUUGUCCUCCAGUUGAUGAGGUUAGAGUUCGUUCAAACGCAAGUGCAUACUUCAGCGAACUGGUUAGGACAAAUGAACUCUGCAAAAAGUACUCAGAUGCAUGUAUAAAGCUGUGCGAGGAACUGGACAUAAAGGUCGUUGAUCUUUACUCUGCACUUCAAACGAUAAGCAACUGGCAGACUGCAUGCUUCACGGAUGGGAUUCACUUAUCCUCAGAAGGAAGCAAAAUAGUGGCGAAGGAGAUACUCAAGGUGCUGAGAGAAGCAACAGAAUGGAGUCCUUCUUUGCAUUGGAAAUCCAUGCCAAUUGAGUUCCCAGAGGAUUCGCCUUGUGAUCUCGUUGCUGCCGAUGGGAAAAGGACUCUGAAUCCGUCGACCUGGAACUUCCACUGGGAGAAUCAAUGGGACUAAAACUAGAGAGGCAUGCUCAAAUAUUAGAUGCAGAAAGAAGGGAUUUCAUUGGGAAUGCAGAUGAAACACUCAGACUUUUUCUGCAAACGGAUCAUCACCGGAAUCGCAGCCGAUUUGUACAGCAGCAGCAUCGUCCACUUUGUAGAGGAUCCAAGUUAAGAAAACUGAAUCAGUUCUGAUAAAUUUGGUAAAGUCUGUCAAUAGGAAUGUUUUAGUAGGUGGUUGGGAA